AUGGGUAGCAGUGCCUUUGCCCUGGUCCUCACCCUGGCCCUGGCAGGAUGCAUCAACCCUGCGGAGAGGAAGUGCCUCCUCUCCGGGUCGUGGCGGAGCAACACCGGCUGCCGGAUGGUUGUGUCCGUCCUUGGGAAGGACGGCAGCUUCUCUGGUUCCUACCUGCCAGGGCCUGCCGCUGGCAACUCCGAAAUCCUCAGCUCGCCACUGGAGGGGUCCCAACAGGAUGCGGGGCUGGUCUCGCAACCCACCUUCUCCUUCACCGUGCGCUGGCGGCUCCGAGGCUCGGAGACAGCCCGGACGACCGCCUUCCUGGGCCAGUGCUACCCACUGCUGUGCCAAGCUUUCCUGUACCCCAGGCUGGAGAAGGGAGAGGUGCCACAGGAUGAGGCAUGGCAGGACCGGGAGGGUGAAAUGGGUUUGUCACCGGUGACGAGCAGGGGCUAA